AUGAGACUGGAUUAGUGGGCGGAGCUUCGCCUUCUCUUAUUUCAGGCUGAAGGCAGAGGCGCGCGCACCUGAAGCGUUUUUCUUUCCUCCCUUUCCAAAGACUGAGCUUAAAUCAUUUUAAUGCAGUCAUGAUCAUAUCGAUUUUUUCGCUUUUUGCGGUGAUUCAGCUGACUUCAUCUAUAACUGUUGACAUCCCUCAAUCAGUGUAUGAAUUAGCCCGUGGUGACACCGCCGUUCUACCAUGCACCUUCAAACCACAGAAACCAGACAAUUCGAUAAUCACAAUCACAUGGAAUGCACAUCCAGAUAAUCCUGAUGACCCUGAUAUUGAAAUCCUCUCCUAUUACUACUCUGCAAAUUCACCUCCUACACUGGACAUCAUGGAUGACUUUAUCAACCGAGCUUCAUUGAAUGUGGACGUUCCUAAAGGAUCGGCAGUCUUGUCACUCAAGUCUCUAACUUCGAAGGACAGUAGAGUGUUUCAGUGCACGGUUAAAAUACCUGGUGACAAUAAAGGAAAAAUAUCAGAUACCACUAUGGUUGUGGUUCUGGUGGCUCCUUCCAAACCCAUCUGCAAUGUUCAGGGCAAAGCGGAGUAUUACCAGAACAUCAACCUGACCUGCCGUUCAGAGGAGGGUACACCAGCACCGACGUACAAAUGGGAAAGCUAUGAUGUCACUAAUAAACCCCGGCCGAAUCCACCAAAAUCCACUGAUGUGAACGGAGUUUUGUCACUUUACAAUAUUUCCGCUGACACCAGCGGCUAUUACAUCUGCACAUCUGCCAAUAAAAUUCGCAGUGAUUCCUGUAAUCUGACUUUGUCCGUCAUGCCAUACUCCAUGAACCUCGGCUCCACGGCAGGAAUAAUAGGAGGCUGUGUAGCUGGUCUCGUCCUCCUGAUCGUCGUUAUCUGCUGCUGCCGCCGAUGCCGGAAAAAGAAAGAGUCUGAGGAGUACCACAUGGAGGAGGACAAGUACACUGAUGAAGAGCCUAGGAAGCUUGAAGAACAGUGGGACAGACGUCUCGAGAGUAAAGCCGAUGCACGUGACGAUCGUGGAGAGCGCAGCGAUCACUACGACGACCGGCGAGAAAAUGAUCGGCAAAAGCGACCUGAUGACCGUCAAUAUGGUUCCGACCGCUAUGACGACCGCAGAAGCGAUCGCUACGAUGACCGCCGAAGUGACUAUGAUGACAGACGAAGUGAUCGCUAUGAUGACCGCCGUCGUGACCAUUAUGACGACCGCAGAGACCGCUAUGACCACCCUGAUGAUCGUUAUGACGACCGCAGAGACCGCUAUGACCACCCUGAUGAUCGCUAUGAUGACCGCAGAGACCGCUAUGACCACCCUGAUGAUCGCUAUGACGACCGCAGAGACCGCUACGACCAGCCUGACGACCGCUAUGAUGACCGCAGCAGACCUCCAAAUCUUCCCCCUAAUAAGCCUACUCGAGGCUAAGUAGGCUUAUUAAUUUUUUAAUAGAUUUUAAAACUUAAAUGUUCAAAUUGAAUUGAAAUCAAAUUGAAAUGACCCUGAAACCGCCAACAGUUGUUUAUUUUUGGAUAAGAACGGAUGCAAAAUGCAUGUGUGUGUGUGUACUGGUGUUCUGAACAUGUCCUGACUAACAUUCAAGCCUUUAACUGUUUUAAUAUUAUAAAAUGUUAAAUAUUUUCUGAACUAUGUGUAAUGUAUGUAGGGCUUUUUGGGUUGAGGUUAAUUAUUAUGGAAUCUGUAAAGUAUGUUAAUGUGACUGUAGAAAAAAUGACCAGAAUGGCUCCAAAAAUAAUGACUCGCUGUGAUGGAACAGGCUUUUAAGUUGUUUGAGUAUCAAAUGAGCCUAAAAAGACGUGGUGUUAAAUAUCAUCCUCACAAUGACUUCCAAACAGGAAAAAAUCUAGUCAUUAAUUUAUUCUAUAGGAUUCCCUUUUUUUUCUUUUUUUAAUGGUGUUUUUAUCUCUCAAAGGUUGUUAUGCAAUUUUAUUUUUUAAAAAUAAAGAUGUAUACGUCACAAA